ACCGUUUUUCGGCGCUGUUCUAGGACUCCGUGCCCAUGGCAACAGGUACCGACACGUUCCCUACACGCAGCGGCGUCUUGUGGCCGGCGCUGAACGAUGAAGAGCUGUCCAGCGCUUCCUCUUCCUCUUCGACGCCGGCCACCUCUACCUCUACCGUCACUUCGACGCACCAGCGGCUGCUACUGCCCAGCACGAGCAAUGCGCAACUUAACGAGCUAGCAGCACUGCUGACUUCUACUGCAGCAACUUCAGGCGCCCAACAGACUUUCCUGGACGAUUUACUUCGCGAUGAUGGCGAUAGUCACCAUCAUACGCAGACGCAGACUUUUCAGCUGCACGAAGACGUCGCAGUAUCCAGUGCAAUGACAGACGUGGGUGUGCUGAAUGACGCAGCGUUCUUUUCGCUUGGAGAGGAGACACACACCGCCACAACGUACUCGUCGUCGUCGUCAGCUGGCUCACCCUCCGCUUCUUCCACCCCCUCCAGACUAUUGCAGCUAGAAACCAACUACGAGAGGAAGAAGAAACGCGCGAAAAUCAAUCGGAAAGAUCUGAAUUCGAGGUUCCAGGAGCUCAUGGACAUUUUGCACUUAAAAGAAGACCGCAAGCUGAACCGAGCCAAGAUCCUAGAGAAGGCCAUCGAACAUAUUGAGAAGCUGACAGCACAGCUGAAUGCUCUCAAAGCAGGGCAACAUCAGCAGCACCACAACUCCAUCCGGAAGACUGCCAUUCCGCUGCACCAUCCUCAGCUUCAUACACUAGCAACGGGACAGCACACUCUCCGCGGUGGAGCUCCACUGCUGCCUUAUAACCCUUCGCAGAGCCAUCCGUGGACUGCUGGGGCUAUUGGAACUAGUCUCCCUUUACCACAGAUGAUGUGGAUGCCGUGUCCGGUUGUCCCGUCCACUGCAAUGUCCCGGAAACGUGCUGCUCCUGGCCGAACGACGGACACUUCUCGGGAACGUGGACGAGCUGGAAGCGUGGAGAGUCAAGCUACAACGAUUUCAGAGCCAGUUUCAAACGCGGAAGUCACCGAAGUUGCUGCUGUUUCUACUCAGUCGUCUGUCUUUGAGUGGAGCGCACGGGAAAUCCCGACGCUUUUGUCGUUCUGCGACGCGUGGACUUUAGUGGCCGUGAUGGGUACAUCUCGAGAAUUGCAGCGUGCAGCACGAAGCGACAAGCUGUGGGCAGAUCUUUGUCGCUCUAGGUGGCGAAUCUCCGCACAGAUUGCGGUUCCUCAGCCGUUCGAGCAGUGGCGGACGUUCCAUGACUCUAACCGGCUUCCUGACUGCUCUAACUUUACGCGUAGCGGACAGUUGUUUGCUGUAGGUCGAGAGAAGGGUGUUAGCGUGUGGGGUUUGCUUUCUCAUCGCUCCAAUGGACACACGACGAGGACGGUCUUGGUGAACGGCAAGGCUACAGUCAUGCAAGUCGUGGAGCUCUUCGUCGUGGUGCAAAACACGAGUCGCUCUCGAGUCCACGUGACGGACUGCAUCUCGAUAUCGACGCUGGACAAUGACGCGAACGUGUCGUUCCAGCCUUUCACCGCGACGUCGGGGGCACAUUUGAUGCCAACGGUGGUGGCAGCUAACUCGGAGCCACGUGUGACGAAGGACUUGGCUACAGUCGCACUACAACACGGAGAUCUGUGCGUGCUGAGUGUGUUUAUGGCAUGUCCCGGACUCGAGUUGGAGGAGCAGUUCUUGCAGAGAACACGCUGGCUGGACGUGCAGGUUCAACUGGCCUCGAGAGAGGAGACUUUGGAGCGUGUGGAGUGUGUCAACAUUCGCGCCGCUUGCACCUGAGAGAAGGCGACACUGACAGCUCGUCAGAGUUAGUGUACCCCCCACGACGAUUGGACUCAAGCUAUACUUCUUGUUUGUAGUGGCUCAUGUGACGCAAGGCUCACCUUCCCGUACCCCUGCUAGCAGCAGGGCUACAUGUAUCCCCACGGCGUGGAC